GAGAUAAUGUGGGUAAUCUAUUUAAUUAUAUUAUUUAAUUUGAUUUAAAAGUAAACGCUUAUUAAAUUUAAUAUUGCCUUGUAUUCAAUGAUCAGUAAUGCAAUGUCAAAUGCAUUGAUUAUUUUCUGUGACUGGCGAAGCUGCAUAUAACAAGUAAUAAAAGUUGUAUGAGAUAUUAAUUACAGUUAUUUGUUUAUACAUAAAUGCAAGUCUACUUUAUUGUAUGAACAUGUGGAAUUGUGAAAUUUAAAUGUAUGUUGUAAUAAAUGCAAGAAUAUCGAAUAUGAGAGAUCUUAUGUAUAACCUCUUAUUAGGUAUACAUCAUGUACAUGUAUUUGAUUAAUUUAUAUAGCCGAUUAAUCUCAUAGUUUUCAACUAAUUAAAGAAACAUUUACGAUUUUUUAUUGUAUAAUGACUACUUUAAGUGGUUUCAUGGAAUUCUUCCAAAAGGGAAAGACUUUUAGACCAAAAAAAAGGUUUGCUCAUGGAACAUUACGUUAUUCUUUACAUAAACAAGCUCAAGCUUCGCUUAAUUCAGGCAUUAAUUUAAGAUCUGUAGUAAAAUUACCACCGAAAGAAGAUCUCAAUGAUUGGAUUGCUGUUCAUGUUGUAGAUUUUUUUAAUAGAAUAAAUCUUAUAUAUGGUACUAUAUCUGAAUAUUGUGACUCUGCAUCAUGUCCAAUAAUGAGUGGUGGAGCACGCUUUGAAUAUUUAUGGGCAGAUGGGGAAAAAUAUAAAAAACCGACUGUUCUUCCGGCUCCUCAGUAUGUUACACUUCUUAUGGAUUGGAUAGAAAUGCAGAUAAAUAACGAAACUAUAUUUCCUGUGUCAACAGAUGUGCCAUUUCCAAAAACUUUUGUACCACUGUGUCGUAAAAUCUUAACUCGUCUCUUUAGAGUAUUCGUCCAUGUAUACAUCCAUCAUUUUGAUCGUAUAGUAGCUAUAGGAGCAGAGGCACAUGUAAAUACAUGCUACAAACAUUUUUACUAUUUUGUAACAGAAUUUGACUUAGUAAAUACGAAAGAGUUAGAGCCAUUAGCUGAAAUGACUUCUAAAGUCUGUAAAGAUACAGCUUCGCCAACUCAAGCAACUGUGCCAUCAAAUAAUCAUGCAAGAUAGUUAUAUUGAUAUUAUACUGCGUAUAAAUAAAACUUAAUCUCCAAUUAUAAUAAUGAACAAAGACAAAAUUUGCAUAAAUUGUUUCUUAUGAAUCUCAACAAAAUUCAAUUGUAUAUUAAUUAUUUCUAUUAAUUAAAUUUCUAUUUAUGAGGCGUAAUAUUAAAAG